AUGUCUUCCUCCGACGAUACGCCUCUGGUGAACGCGAAAGAUGGAGCAAUUUCCAACGAUCGCAUCUCCAAAGACGUCGAUGCAGCCAUGGACAAGCAGGUCGCAUCCAACGGUCAUGUCGAGCCGGGAAUCUCGAUACGAAUGGGUCCAGUGGAUGAUAUGGACGUUGAUGCCCCCAACGGCAAUGGGAAUGGGAAGCGCAAGUCUCGUGGUAGCAUCCCAACUACCAGCUACAAGGAACAAAGCGGCUCUGAGGAUGACGAAGAUAAACCACUGAGUAAGCGGCGAAGGACAUCUCAGCAGGCAAAGCCCGCGCAGAACGACUCAGACUCUGAACUUAGCGACGUACCACUCAAGGCCCGAGUACUCCCCAAGGCGACCGCGGAGCAGAUUGGAGAGGACUCGGACUCGGACGUACCUCUAACUGCGAAACUGGUCAAGAAGAAAGAGUCAAUUGAGAAGGCCGCCGCAAAGGAGGCCAAGGCUAUCCGCACAAAAGAAAAGGCAGCUCCGAAACGCAAACCCAAGGUAGAGAGCGAGUCUGAUGAUGAUGUUCCCCUUGCGAAGAAGAAGGCGCCAGCGAAGAAAGCCAAUGGCGUGAAGAAGGAGGAAUCUGACUCCGACGCGCCACUCUCGAAGAAGCCAGCAGCAAAGAAGGCCAAGGCGAAGCCUGUUGCAGCACCAGCGAAGAAAGGCAAGGCCAAAGUCAAAUCUGAGGAAGAGCGGCAGCAGGAUCAGGAUGCUGAAGACCAAGAGGAAGAGUACCGUUGGUGGGAAGAUACAGCCAAGGGCGAUGGCACCAAGAAGUGGGACACUCUGGAGCACAACGGUGUCGUCUUUCCCCCCGAGUAUGAACCACUGCCGAAACACGUCAAGUUGCUGUACGAUGGAGUGCCAGUGUCUCUGCACCCGGAAGCCGAAGAAGUCGCAGGCUUUUACGGAAGUAUGCUGAACUCUGCCCACAACGUUGAAAACCCCACCUUCAACAAGAACUUCUUCGAGGACUUUGUCGCCAUUCUCGACAAGACAGGGCACGGCAAGGACAAAGAUGGCAAACCCGUCAAGAUCAAGAAGUUCGAGAAGUGCGACUUCAAGCCUAUUUUCGAACAUUUCGAUGCCGAGCGUGCAAGAAAGAAGGCUCUUCCAGCAGCCGAGAAGAAAGCUCUGAAGGCUGAGAAGGACGAGAUCGAAACCCCCUUCAUGUACUGCAUGUGGGACGGACGCAAGCAAAAGGUGGGAAACUUCCGAGUCGAACCACCCAGUCUCUUCCGUGGCCGUGGCGAACACCCCAAGACUGGCCGGGUGAAGAAGCGCGUGUUGCCUGAGCAGAUCACCAUCAACAUCGGCGAGAAGGCAAAGGUUCCAGAGCCGCCUGCAGGCCACCGCUGGAAGGAGGUCAAGCAUGACCACGAAGGCACAUGGCUCGCUAUGUGGCAAGAAAACAUCAACGGGGCUUACAAAUAUGUCAUGCUUGCAGCAAACUCUGAUAUCAAGGGCCAGAGUGAUUUCAAAAAGUUUGAAAAGGCUCGCGAAUUGAAGAAGCACAUUGAUCGUAUCCGAGAGGACUACAAGAGGGAGCUCAAGUCUGAGAAGAUGGUCGACCGCCAACGUGCAACCGCCAUCUACCUGAUUGAUCAGUUCGCACUCCGUGCGGGUAACGAGAAGGGCGAAGACGAAGCUGACACCGUCGGUUGCUGUUCGUUAAAGUUCCAGCAUGUAACACUAAAGCCGCCAAACACCGUCAUUUUCGACUUCCUGGGUAAAGACAGUAUCCGGUUCUACGACGAGGUCGAGGUCGAUACACAAGUGUUCAAGAACUUGAAGAUCUUCAAGAAGGAGCCAAAAUCCACUGGCGAUGACAUAUUCGAUCGUUUGACCACUUCGGCGCUGAACAAGCACCUGACAAGCUAUAUGCAAGGUCUCACUGCGAAGGUCUUCCGUACCUACAACGCAUCGUACACCAUGGCCAGGCUGCUCAAGGAGAUGAAGGCUACGGGCACGAUUCAGGAGAAGGUCAAAGCAUACAACGAUGCCAAUCGCGAAGUCGCCAUCCUGUGUAACCAUAAGCGAACAGUUGCUGCUGGUCACGCUGGUUCCGUCGAGAAGAUGCAAGAUAGAAUCAACGGUCUCCGAUACCAGCUGUGGAGAACAAAGAUGAUGAUGAUGGACGUCGACCCUAAGAUCAAGAAGAAGAAGGGCGCGGAGUACUUUGAGCGACCGGAAGACCUUGACACCGAGUGGGUGAAGGCACACCAGGAAGCCGAGGUGGAGGAGUUGCGCCAGAAGAUUACCAAGAAGUUUGAAAAGGACAACGAGAAGCUGGCGGCGGAGAGAGAGAAGGAGAUGAAGCCGAAAGAGCUGCAAGAGCGUCUCGAAAAGGCUUACGAGCUUGCAGCCAAGUACAAGAAGGAAAACAAGACAGGCAAGGUCGAGGCUGAAGGCAAAGGCCCGUCGAUCGACAAGCUCGAAACCGCCGUCGACAAGCUAAAUCAGCGCAUCGAAAACAUGAAGGUGCAGUUAGAGGACAAGGAGGGCAACAAGGAGGUUGCCCUAGGCACUUCGAAGAUUAACUACAUCGACCCUCGCCUCACAGUGGUCUUCUCGAAGAAGUUCGACGUGCCCAUCGAGCGCUUCUUUUCCAAGACACUCCGCGAGAAGUUCGAUUGGGCCAUCAAGUCGGUCGAUGAGGACUGGGAGUUUUAG